AGACAUUUGAUGCAUCGGGCUGCUUUAAGGUACUUGAUUCUGAAAUGCUUCUCUUUUACUCCAUCAUAAUUUCACACAUCCUCAGCCAACUAUAAUGUUCUCCUCAUGCUCUGCUUCUAGGAGUAUACCAUUACAAGCUACACCUACCCAAUAUGUUACAAAUCACUUGGGGACAUGCAGGUUAUUGCAGGCCAUCCAGUGUAAUGACUGUCAGAGAAAAGGAACAGCUCCGUUUCACUGGCAUCUUCCUAAUGCUCGCACUGUAGCUCAUAGAACACCAGACUUAUAUAACUCUUACUGUUCCAUGGUAAGUUUAGAUGUGAUUUCUUUGUCAAGAUGAAUGAACCGCAUGGUUAUCUAGUUGGUAUUUUUGCUAUGUCUUCUACCUACUAUUUGAAUAAAUUAGUUUAGUCCAUCUUUCUUCUUGCUGGGAUGUGUACUGGUUUAGAGACUCCCAUGCCUUGUGACUUCAGGGAAUCAAAUAACGCUAGCAGACUAUGCUUUUUCUACAUGAUGCACAAUGGAUUGUAUUUUCUAAGUUAUCUAUUAUUGCCGGACAAAAGAAAUAAUAUCCUUUUUUGUUC